AAUAGGUUACCCCGUUAGAAAGUUUCUAGGUUGCCGAAGGAAUUCUGUACAACUAGGUGUACAACUGUCUUUUUCUGUCCAAGUAAACUGAGAACUCAUGCAGCUCCACCCACCUGCAGAUAAAAGCCAAACCCUCACCAGGGCUGCUGUUCAGCGUCUGUCUCAAACUCCUCAAAGCUCUAUGAUACUUCCACCCUGCAGCAACAGCACAUACAUAAAGGGCCCAGCAGGACUGCAGCUCACACCUGGCUGGAAUCCCGUGCAUGGCCACCAUCCCACUCAUGCCUUGGAAACGACCCAGGGAAGCGACCUAAAGUGAGGGGAAGUAGAGGAGAAACCAGACGAAGGAGGCGCAGGCCAAAGAAGGUGGCGACCACCAGUUUGAGAAAAAAUGGUGGCUGCACCCCUCCGUUCUUUCUGUCUCCUCAUCACAGUGUUCCAGCUGUGUUUAUUACGCCUGGCCCAUUGUGGGGCGUAUUAUGGACAUAAGCAGCUGCCUCAACAGCACCAGCCCCAACAGCACCAGCCCCUGCCACAGUACAAUGAUGGGUAUCCUCAGCAACAGUUUAUGGGGAACGAGAUGCCACUUAUGCCAAUGGUGCCUCAGUAUGGACAAGAGCUUCCUCAGCUGCCUUUGCAAAUGGGCAAAGAGAGGCCACUGACUGAGGGCAAAGGACAAACAUUCCCCCGAGGGGCUAAAGGCCCACCUCCCCCAGGUCCUGGUGGAGAAGGUCUCAGAGAGGGACCACAAGGAAUUCAGGGCCCCCCUGGACCAACAGGACCACCAGGACCACAAGGCCCCCCAGGACUACCAGGCCAGGGAUUGCCAGGGUUACCUGGAAAGCCAGGGCCUCCUGGUCCUCAAGGUUACCCAGGAAUAGGAAAACCUGGCAUGCCAGGAUUGCCAGGAAAACCUGGAGGACCUGGAUUACCAGGACCAAAAGGUGACCUUGGCCCUAAUGGUGGUGAAGGACCAACUGGACUUCCUGGACCUGCAGGGCUCCCAGGUCCCCCUGGACUCCCUGGUAUUUCAAAACCAGGAGGCCAGGGGCUCCCAGGACAGCCCGGUCCUCUAGGGGAGCCUGGUCAAAAAGGUCUACCUGGGCUACCUGGUCCUCCAGGCCCCAUAGGAGACAAAGGAAUUGGUCUACCUGGCUUGCCGGGUUUGAAAGGACCUGGCGGACCGCCAGGUCCACCUGGACAUGUGGGCAUCCCUGGCAUUGGUAAACCUGGCCUCAAUGGUCUCCCUGGACAACCAGGGAUACCAGGAAAGCCUGGUCCUCCUGGGGAGGCAGGACUAGCAGGGCCACCUGGUGAAAGAGGUCAUCCAGGACCACCAGGCUUGCCAGGAAUUGGAAAACCAGGAAAAGAUGGUUUUCGAGGGCAACCAGGGCCCUCGGGAGGGAAAGGGGAACCAGGUGCUCCUGGUUUACCAGGGGGUCCAGGAUUGCCAGGCUAUGGUAAACCAGGGUUUCCAGGACCUAAGGGUCACAAGGGACAUGCUGGUCUUCCUGGACCUCCAGGCCCUAAAGGUGAUAAAGGCCAUGGAGGUCUUCCAGGGGUCGUUGGUCCCACUGGCCCUAGUGGUAUGCCUGGCCCACCAGGUCCAAUAGGGCCACCCGGUAGUCUUGGUUUCCCAGGGCAAAAGGGAGAGGAUGGAGCUGGGGGACCAAAAGGAAAUCCAGGAAUUAAGGGUGAAUUUGGGCCUCCAGGUCUUCCGGGACAGCCUGGUAGGUCCGGAGAGGGUGGAUUACCAGGACCAAAAGGUGACCUUGGCCCUAAUGGUGGUGAAGGACCAACUGGACUUCCUGGACCUGCAGGGCUCCCAGGUCCCCCUGGACUCCCUGGUAUUUCAAAACCAGGAGGCCAGGGGCUCCCAGGACAGCCCGGUCCUCUAGGGGAGCCUGGUCAAAAAGGUCUACCUGGGCUACCUGGUCCUCCAGGCCCCAUAGGAGACAAAGGAAUUGGUCUACCUGGCUUGCCGGGUUUGAAAGGACCUGGCGGACCGCCAGGUCCACCUGGACAUGUGGGCAUCCCUGGCAUUGGUAAACCUGGCCUCAAUGGUCUCCCUGGACAACCAGGGAUACCAGGAAAGCCUGGUCCUCCUGGGGAGGCAGGACUAGCAGGGCCACCUGGUGAAAGAGGUCAUCCAGGACCACCAGGCUUGCCAGGAAUUGGAAAACCAGGAAAAGAUGGUUUUCGAGGGCAACCAGGGCCCUCGGGAGGGAAAGGGGAACCAGGUGCUCCUGGUUUACCAGGGGGUCCAGGAUUGCCAGGCUAUGGUAAACCAGGGUUUCCAGGACCUAAGGGUCACAAGGGACAUGCUGGUCUUCCUGGACCUCCAGGCCCUAAAGGUGAUAAAGGCCAUGGAGGUCUUCCAGGGGUCGUUGGUCCCACUGGCCCUAGUGGUAUGCCUGGCCCACCAGGUCCAAUAGGGCCACCCGGUAGUCUUGGUUUCCCAGGGCAAAAGGGAGAGGAUGGAGCUGGGGGACCAAAAGGAAAUCCAGGAAUUAAGGGUGAAUUUGGGCCUCCAGGUCUUCCGGGACAGCCUGGUAGGUCCGGAGAGGGUGGAUUACCAGGACCAAGAGGUUUACCAGGGCCCAUGGGGCCAAAAGGAGAAGCUGGUAUCAGGGGUUUACCUGGUGCCCCUGGUGCUGCAGGAUUACCAGGACCGAGAGGAGAGGGGGGGCAACCUGGAGAGACAGGCCACCAGGGACCACAGGGAAUUCCAGGACUUACAGGACCAGGGGGACCAAUUGGACCUCCCGGGCUGCCAGGGCAAAAAGGUGAAACAGGCCUGCCUGGUAAACCUGGAUAUCCUGGUGACGGAAAGCCAGGCCCCCCUGGUCAUAUUGGUCUUCAAGGUAACCCUGGACCCAGUGGCCCCCCUGGACAUCCAGGGCAGCCAGGACAACCUGGACCCCCUGGUCCUCCAGGACUACCUUCUGUAUCUCCUGACCUAGGACAGAUCCUCCCUGUGAGCGGCCCAUACAGUGGCCAAAAACAAGGGUACAAGCAAGCAAGGAAUGGAGGCGAGAUUGGUGGAAAUGUCCUGGAGAUGCCUGCGUUCACAGCUAAGCUCACAAAUCCAUUCCCUCCUGUUGGCUCUCCAGUAAUCUUUGACAAACUCCUGCACAACGGCAAUCAAGACUACAAUCCCCAAACUGGUAUUUUCACCUGUAGCGUACCAGGGAUCUACUACUUUGCCUACCAUGUCCACUGCAAAGGAGGUAAUGUGUGGGUGGCACUGAUGAAGAACAAUGAGCCAGUAAUGUACACUUAUGACGAGUACAAAAAGGGCUUGCUGGAUCAGGCUUCAGGGAGUGCUGUACUCCCUUUACGACAAGGAGACACUGUGCACAUACAGCUGCCAUCGGACCAGGCUGCCGGACUUUAUGCUGGUCAGUAUGUCCACUCAACAUUUUCUGGCUACUUAUUGUACCCAAUGUAAGAAAUGUGUAUAAAUAAAGGCAAUAGUAAUGACAUAUUGAUGGUAAAUUUGACCAUAUUGAUAAGAAAACUACUUCACGCUCGAAGGUACAAUUUACAACGAGUGAUGGCAGAAUAGUGUUUUUCAUAGCAGCAACAUACUUGAUUGAAUUAUUCAUUACGUUAUAUACAUCACAUCUGUAUUUACAUACAUCAUUGGAGUCUUCAUUGGUGCAGUUAUGAAAUAAUGAUCGCAUUAUGUGUAUAAAUAUCGUGAUAAACCAUCUGGUUGUUGGCUAUGAUAUGUAGGAAGCAAAGUUUCUUGUGAGGGUUCUGUGUUGUGGAGAGCAGAGGUCAGAAAAUACUACCAAAUAUAUCAGUUGUCAUAAUUCUUGUAUGUUUACCUUGUGCAUUUAUCCUUAUAUCCACCUACACACAAUAUAUCAGUUCCUGGAACAGUAAGGCUUUAUGUUGCAGAAUUGUACUCAUGUUUCACAAUUUUUUUGCUAUACAGUUAUAAACUGUACACUGGGCACAUAAGAUCAUAUUGGUUUCAUUGUAUAAUGCAUUUACUCACAGUUAUCGUAACAUACAGUUGGUUAUGUAAGUAGGGUCAUCAUACAGUUAAUAAGUUAUUGUUGGUCUUCUUAUGCUAUUUGGAAAAUGCAGCUUUUAAAUACAACAGAGUCCUUUGUCUCAAAAUCUUUUGGAUAUUUUAUCCAAUUUCAUAUGAUAGCUCAGUCCAGAACACAACAGAAGAAAUACUUUGCAGUUUUGCCCACAAUUUGGCAGUUGAACUAUCUUUUGAUUCUUUCCAUUUCACCAUUUGAUGUCAUACAUUUGUUUUGUUUGUAAUAAAUAUGAAUUCUUUGAAAGGUUUUGUCAGUUUGUCAGUAUUCUCUGUAAUUUAUUUGUUUGACUACUGAUUACUUAGGAUUGUUCUGUUUUUUGUUAAACAGCAAAUGAGGGAAUUCAUUCCAAAAUGCAGAACACAACAUACAUGUUCUGUGGCAAAAAAUUACACAAGUAUUCAACAAUGCACAUACACAUUUAUAUCUGUAUGUGUCAGUAUUUUACAGUUUUUAUUUUUAGGUUAGGUGUUCAAACUGUGGAUGUGCCAUUUUGGAAUGAAAUUCUUUUAAACCCUUUUCCCUCCUUUUUGUGCUUUAAAAAAAAAAUUUGGACAAUGGUGCAAAGCAUGAGCAAAUAAAAAACUGUGCCUAAAUAUGUGAAUUUUGGUCUGUCUUGCUUUCAGUGGUGACUUUUAAGAAAGAAAUAAAAACGGUUGUCUU